CGGAAGAGAACGCUUCGUGUUGCAAAUAAAACUAAACCACAAUAUCGUAUCAGUUUUUGAAAUGUACUUCCCAAUUGGUUGGCCGAAGUACUUCAGUUCAAAGGAUGUCCAUUGUGGUGAGCUAAAAUCCCUAAGAUAUAACAGAGAUCGCUCGCUGCUGGCCGUAGUUUCGGACCAUAGUGUGUGCAUUUGGAACAACCGACCAAGAGUGCUGGUGGUUGCCUAUCGGCGAUCAUAUGAUGCUAUUAAAGAUGUUGGAAGGAAUGUUACUGUUGCCUGGAAACCAGAUUCCACUGCUUUGGCCAUUACUACUUCUGAAGGAAAAGUUGUAUUCUUAGAGUUACAGAGAAGUAAUGGGGUUCAACUUUAUGUUCCAAGAUUUUCAAGUUACUCUUGGCGACACUCUUCUGUGAGUUCUCAGGCAGGUGUGCCCGCUCUGAAACUUGUAGAAAUUGCCAUUGUGCCCAUCUCAGGUGGUGUUACAAGUGUGGCUCCAAGGCAUGAUGAGUUAUUUGUAUCGACUGGUAGUGGUCUCCUUCAGCGAGUCAACUGGCACGGCUUGCUUGAAGGAGACAUGACCAUGUCUAUACACUCCAUACCAUUUACAAACGACUUGGAAAAUGCAAGAGCAAUUCCUUUAAAGACUGAAGGGGUGAGUUUCCGCACGAUGGAGUACAGUCCUUUACUUGGAGGGUUUGCUGUUGUGUUAGCAGAUGGCAGAGGAGGCUUUUUGUCAGCAGACACAGCCAACUUUGAGUGCUCUGAUAUCAUUGGUUUAUGGGCAAGAGAUUUGAGCUCAGCAACUUGUGUUGCUAUUAACCAUAGAUACAGAUUGAUAGCAUUUGGAUGCACAAAUGGUGAAAGUCUGGUGUACGGUUUUGAUGAUCUGACAGGAGGAUUACAGCUUUCUCACCGACUUGUUUUAUCAAGUAAAGAUUACCCUGACACUGUCCAGGCUACAGGUGGUAUCCAGUGUCUCUCCUGGACUCCUGAUGGCUGUGCUAUUGCUGUGGCAUGGUCAUGGGCGUGCCAUGGUGGACUUGCCGUGUGGAGUGUAUUUGGAUCACUCUUGAUGUGUACUCUUGGAGGAGACUAUGGUCUAGUGGUGAUUGCAAUGGACUUGGCAUUGAAGAAGGGUUUCUGUCUCAUAUGUUAUAAUUUCAUGUCACAGAGCAACCACGAGCAUCUCUUUCUCCAAGGAGAGGAGUGUUUGUAUCUCAAUACUGGAGACAUGGUGUCCGAGACACAGGAUUUGAUAGAGGGGAAUGGAACUAGGCCUGUGAUUGGUGGAACUGUUGGGCACAGUACAUUGGUCAGUAACAAACAAUGGAUUGUUAUCCAGAUUCCUUCAAAUUAUUUGGAUAGCAACUGGCCAAUCAGGUAUGCAGCUGUUGAUAAAACCGGACGCUGCGUAGCUGUUGCUGGCAGAACAGGAAUCGCUCAUUAUUCACUCAAUAGCAGAAAAUGGAAACUCUUUGGAAACGUGUCACAGGAACAAAGCUUCUCGUGCCGAGGUGGUCUGUCUUGGUGGAGAGAUUUUCUCAUUGUACCGUGUUACAACUUUAGCUCGUCAUCAGAUGAAGUUCGUUUUUAUCCCAGGACAUGCAACUUGGACAAUGCCUUCUCGCUGAAUGUCAAGCUCCCUGCUCCAGCAUUCCUGGUGAAUGUGUUUCGUUGUUUGCUGUUGGUGUACUGUUCUGACUGUCGAGUGGUGUUCUUCUCNGGGAUUUUUUUCACAGCUGUGUUAUUUCAAGAUGCUGUGAUUCUUGGUGCAGCCAAUGAACCAAUGCCUUUAGAAUGUACAUCGCCUGCUCCAACCUCUCUUUCACCUCAAGCCUUUCCUUUCUGUACGCUAGAAAGAACGACUCAAAUAUACCUGCAUCAUGUUUUGAGGCAGUUCCUGCGUCGAAACUUGGGACAACAGGCGUUGAAGAUUGCCAACAUGUGUUGUGACUUGCCAUACUUCCCUCACGUUCUUGAACUCAUGUUACAUGAAGUGUUGGAAGAGGAAGCCACAGCAUCUGAACCCAUUCCAGAUGCUCUCCUUCCACGUAUUGUUCGGUUCAUCAAGGAGUUUCCUCAAUAUCUCGAGACAGUCGUGCAUUGUGCAAGGAAAACAGAGGUUGCUUUAUGGAGUUAUUUAUUCACGGCUGUGGGCAAUCCACGCGAUCUUUUUGCAGAUUGCCUGGCGGCAGGUAAAUUGGAGACUGCAGCUUCUUAUCUUAUUAUCCUACAAAACUUGGAACAACCAACUGUCAGCAAACAGCAUGCUACCAUCUUACUGGAUAAAGCUUUGGACAGCUGUAAAUGGAAUAUAGCGCAAGAUCUCGUCCGUUUCCUUCGUUGUAUUGCCGCAGACGAACUCGACUCCCCUCCACGGUCCCCAACGUAUGUCAAACCACACCACCCCCCACCCUUGAGUCCAACUGCUUCUGUAGACGGUGACGACAUUCCUUACGUGGUUAAUCCUCACGCGCGCUCCUCGAGUGUCUCGAAGCCUCCUACACGCGCGUCCCUCACGCGUGGAAGCUCUAUGGAGAAAGGCUUUAUAACAAGGACUCCUUCAACAGAGAAAGCUUCUUUGUCGAGAACAAGUUCAGUGGACAAGUCGCGGAAAGUAUUGGCAGCGAGCUCUCUGACUUUACCUACACAGCCGAAACGACCAUCGGAGUUGGACAACCCAGACAACUUCUUCAUCGACACCAUUUUGAAUCGUCACGCCAGGCUGCUGUUAACAGCCAUGCGUCUCAGAGACUUGGGAAAAUUCGCGGCUCACUUGGAGUUCGCUCUUGAACCGUGGCUUCGUAAAGAAAAAAAUCGCGCCGCUCGUGUCGAUGAUUACAUCGAAACUUUAACAAGUAUCCACAGGAAUUUCGAUCUUCCUUACCCAGCUGUCAAUCAGCUGACAACUGGACCGCUGUCGCCUAAACCUUGGAGUAGAUAUGGUGACGCGCGUGGUGGGCGUCAAACCCUCGACGACUUGGAAAGCAGAAUAGAACUGGGAAUCGAGCUCGGAGAGGAGGUGGAUGAGGAGGAAGAAGCACACUUGUCUCCAGUGUGUAGAAAUGAUGACAUAGGUCGUGUCAGCGGUGAUCCAUCGGAAACAAGCUCAGUGGCAUACUCAAUGGAUGGCGAGGAGGACUGGAUCUGGGGUGGAGAAGGGCCUGGAUACGUGGAUGUACAAGAAAUUCGUGCCCAGCUUGCGUUCAGCGGUUCAUUGCCAGCGCUAAGAGAAAUAAGAUUUUUACUUSAGAUAUUUGUAGAGGCUAAGUGUCACGACUGGUGGUUCAUUCUGUCACUUGUAUUGCGUGACAGCACGAGUUUGACAGACUUUAUCGACGACGUCAUUAAACUUCGGGACACAACUGCGGAGUCACUGUCCCGGAUGAAAGACGGAAUCGAAUCGCUAGAGGCCUGGGCUGAACAAAAUUGCCAUGGUUACCAUUUGUUCCUUGGUCUUCACAAAGAGCACUGGCUCGCUCUUGAGAGAGCACUGACGGAGGCCAAAAAUGCGCCCAAAGAACAAAAGGACAGCAGUCCCGCCUCUGAGUCUAGCCGUCAAUCACGUCAGUCCAGCACGAGUAAGGACGAA